AUGACAUCCGGAGAACCGAAGACAGGCCUCAAGAACGUCUACCCAUCUGCCAAGAAGCUGCUGCCGAAGGUGGAGGAAGAGGAGGAGGCUGAGGAUUACUGUACUCCUGGAGCCUUCGAGCUGGAGCGUCUCUUCUGGAAAGGCAGUCCCCAGUACACCCACGUCAAUGAGGUCUGGCCCAAGCUCUACAUCGGCGAUGAGGCAACCGCGCUGGACCGCUAUGGGUUGCAGAAGGCAGGCUUCACCCACGUGCUGAACGCUGCCCACGGCCGCUGGAACGUGGACACCGGGCCCGACUACUACCGCGACAUGGCCAUCGAGUACCAUGGCGUCGAGGCUGAUGACCUGCCCACCUUUGACCUCAGCGUCUUCUUCUACCCAGCAGCCGCUUUCAUUGACGCUGCCCUCCGCUAUGAUCACAAUAAGAUCCUGGUUCACUGCGCCAUGGGCCGCAGCCGGUCGGCGACCCUGGUCCUGGCCUACCUGAUGAUCCACAGGAACAUGACCCUGGUGGACGCCAUCCGGCAAGUGGCCAAGAACCGCUGUGUCCUACCCAACCGGGGCUUUCUGAAGCAGCUCCGGGAACUGGACCGGCAGCUGGUGCAGCAGAGGCGACAGGCCCGGCGCAGUGAGGCCGCCGAGAAGGCCCUUGAGCAGGCGCCGUAG